CCUGGGGCGAGGGGCGCGACGCGUUCCGAAGGAGGCCUGGAGGGGCUGUUUGGUCCGACAGACCCCACAGGCCCUGCCCGGGCUCUGCGGUGUCAUGCCCGGGAGCCCCCGGCCCGCGCCGAGCUGGGCGCUGUUGCUGCGGCUGCUGGCGCUGCUGCGGCCCCCGGGGCUGGGCGAGGCGUGCAGCUGCGCCCCCGCGCACCCCCAGCAGCACGUCUGCCGCUCGGCGCUUGUGAUUCGGGCCAAAAUCUCCAGUGAAAAGGUAGUUCCUGCCAACACAGACCCUGCUGACACUCAAAAACUGCUUCAGUAUGAGAUCAAACAGAUUAAGAUGUUCAAAGGGUUUGAGAAGGUCAAAGAUGUUCAGUAUAUCUAUACACCUUUUGACUCUUCCCUCUGUGGUGUGAGACUGGAAGCCAACAGCCAGAAGCAAUACCUCUUGACUGGUCAGAUCCACAGUGAUGGAAAAGUCUUCAUCCAUCUAUGCAACUACAUUGAGCCCUGGGAGGACUUGUCGUUGUUGCAGAGAGAGAGUCUGAAUCAUCACUACCAUCUGAACUGUGGCUGCCACAUCACCACCUGCUAUACAGUGCCCUGUACCAACUCAGCCCCCAACGAGUGCCUUUGGACAGACUGGCUGUUGGAACAAAAGCUCUAUGGGUACCAGGCCCAGAAUUAUGUCUGCAUGAAGCACGCUGAUGGUACCUGCAGUUGGUACCGGGGCCACCUGCCCCUCAGGAAGGAGUCUGUUGAUAUCAUCCAACCCUAGUAGGGACCAGUGACCACCACAUCCCUUCAAGAGUCUUGAAGAUCAAGCCAGUUCUCCUUCCCUGCAGAGCACUGGCCAUCACCACCUGCUCCGGCCAUGACCACCUGCCCCACUGCUGCUGGUGGAUGGGAAAUACCAAGUGGACAGUCUGGCUGGUGGCAAAGCAGGGAUGGGGCACGUUACAGCUUGUGUUCAAGAUCCCAACCCAGAGCCUGACAAGGGCUAGGGAAGGUAACAUGACCUUUCUAUCCUGCCUCCAACCCAUCUCCUUUACUUCCUAAACCCCAUUAGUCUAGCCUUGUACCUGUUACUAGAAGUGUUUAUUCUGCCUUAGUUUGUUUUCCAAAGCCAGGACUAUUCCCUUUUAUUCCCAGGAAAAUGUGUUUUCCCUUUGCCUUAACUGAUCUUAUAGGGGAGAAAUGGUGAAUGUUAUGCAUAAGAGAUGGUAUAUCUUCAUGCAUGUGAGAAGAUAUAAACAUCAAAAGAUGGGUUGACAGCGUCAUAAACAGGGUGAUUGGCAGGAAUGAAAAGAUAACAUACUAUGGCUCUAUUCCUCCUGUCUCAUCCCCUCCUAAUCCUCUGAUACACUUUCGUCUGUUGACUUCCCUCCCAUGCUGUAAUCCUACACCACAGCUGGCGGAGGGUCAGGCCCACUUAGCACACCUCUAGGGAAAGAGGUGUUUAAGAAUAGGUACUCUCUCCCCAGCUUAACUGUCCCCAAUGCCCUCAACUGAUGUCCAUAAGGCUUCUCUUCUGCCUACAUUAGAUUACUAAUGUCUUAAUUCCUACCUUAGAACUUAUUUUUUAAGCCAAGCCCUCCCCCUUCUCUUGUAGAGCUGAAAUCUCUCUUCAUCAGCUUUUGACAGCUCAGAGAGGCAUCUUGAGUAUGAAUUUCAGGGUAGAAGACAGAAGAGAAAUAACGCAAGGGCCCUUGGAAGAAAAGGAUGAUAGAAGGGGGAUAUACUUUGCAAUUACUGCCAUUUUUUAAGUGGUCAGCCCUGCUAGAUGUUACAGCAGGAAAAAGCCAGUGCUGAUCAUCAGAGAGCUCUUGCACCCUUCAGCUCAGCCCCCUCACCACUGUGUCUCGGGCUACCUGAGCUCUCCCACCAUAGGCCCCUGAGGCUUUCUUGGCUUCUGCCAGGAUUCCUAGCUUUUCCUGAAAGGGAAAGUCCUGAUAUUGGCCUCUAGGACUUAUUAAGGAGAAGGGUUUAAUUCUCCAGAGCCUCUCUCUGGGCAAGCUCUGGCAAAGAUGACAGAGACAGUUCUUUCCAAGGUCCAUGGUUGUUUUCCUACACGUGGUCUGCUGGUGAGUAGGGCCAUGUACCAGCUGUUAUUAAGAAGUCUCUUGAUUCCCAGAAAUGGUGCAAAUGGAGAUCUCUUUUGGCAAAGAGAAUGGAAGGGGAACAAACAUGAUUUCCAUCCCAUGUGGAAUACUUUGGCAGUAAGUCUACAUUGGUAGGUUAAGCAGGAUCACCAGCGCUCACGCCAGCCUGGGGUGGAGAGUUUGGGGGUGGAGGAAGAAGGGAAUUUGGGCUCUAGGUUGCCAUGGAGGAGAAACGUUAGCAACAGCCUUCUUACCACCCAACCACUUCAUCCCUCUGCUCCACCGGACAUCCUAUGAUGGCCUCAGAGAAGGCAUAGUGUUAGAACCAGCUCAUAACAAUCUUGAGGAAGCCAAGGGAUCAGAAGAGUCUGGUGAAUAACAAUGGGAGCACAUCUUACGUCUGAGGGUGCUUCCCUUCACAUCAUUUCAGAAGGCUGUUACUUAGACAGUCGCACUUAAAUGUACGUACCAUAUAGGAAUCCUGGUCAGGGAUAAUUAUGCCCACUUGACUGUCCCGUUGGAAAGCGCACAUAGUGAGACAUGUCGUUUGUCAAGGGACACAUGACAGAGUGGGGGCUGGAACCCAAAGCAGUGGGACCUUCUGAUUGUUGGUUUGUGUGGGAGGCUCGUCACUCACUCAGCUUGAUGAAAUGGCCCUUGUUCCUGCUCUUCUCUAUUCUGACUGCAGUUUGACAAGAGAUCCUCAGCUAAAUCCAGCUGUUCCAGCCCCACAAAGCUGCUCCACAGACCCCAGUGGAGUCUUUGGAGUUGAGGUGCUGAGGCCCACAGUCGCCACAUGGCUAACCUUGCCAUGAAAAUAGCAGAGAGACUGGCAUCCCCACUCAGCUACCUACCAUCUCUUUGUGGUUGGGGUAGUACGUCUGCUCAAUGAGUGGGAACUUCUCUCCUCCCAGGGUCUUGUAGAUGGCCACCAGCUGGGCAAACUGCAGAAGAAAAGCAAAUGUUUCAGCUUAUCUAAGACCACAUCUGAAACAGACAGACAUCAAUUCAUCAGACUAUUUCAUUCAAUCCUCACGUCAAACUGAGGAACUAGGUACUUUAUCAUUGUCAUUUCACAUAAGGGCCCAGAAAGGGCAGAAAAUUUAAAGUCACAGAGCUGCAAAGAAGUGAAGCUGAGGUUAAAAUUUGGUGUCC